AUGAGUGUCAGCAUGGACAGAAGCUCUGUGUUCAACACACAGACAUCACAGACCGGCAAUAGUCAGACAAAGAAGCCCAGAUAUUCACAACGAGCCAAGCACAGCAUAGCACAGUUUUUUGGAGUGUCAGAGGAGGAUGAGAGAAAUGCAGCUCGCUGGGAAAAACGCAGAUUCAGGAUUGCAAGCUCCAUUGGACAAGGUCUCAAAGGUGAUAUUCUGCAGCGAGACAUGACUGAUGGCAUGCCUAACAUCACAGAUCCUUUGGGGAGGACCUCUAGGCAGAUCUCACGCAUUUCAUCCCUGACUGCUUACAGUGAUCGGGGAGCUUUUGGUCACAGGGAAAACAGGAAGCCCUCAGUGUUUAAGAUGUCAGUGAAGGCAAUAACAGCACUUUCGGGUGUCCGCCGAGAUGCACGUAGCAAGCGAUCUUUCAAAGGCCAAAGUUUUCCUCCAGGAAGUGUCAUCCAGACACCAGAUGCCACUAGAUCGAUGGAUGAUGCCUUCAGUCUUGUAGAUGAUGUAUUCUACGAUGAGCAUCCAUCGUCCACAGAAGCCAGAUCUCAACCUACAUUAACUGGAGGGCCCAGUGCUCCAGGGUGGAGAAGACGACCUCCUCAGCCACUUCCAUCAACCCCCGGAGAAGCCCUGGAUAUGCCAGAUUUUGGUCUCAGCAAGAUCAAAGACAAAGUUGUUCAGACAGCCAUGAAGCGGGACAAGCGACAGGUGGGUGUGGGGAUCCUUGGUCGGCUGAUGAAACGCAGGUUAAAGAGCAAUGUCAUGACUAAAGAGGUCAAAGUUCAGCUGGAUGACAUGGAUGAUCACAGGCCAUACUUUACCUACUGGGUCACCUUUGUUCAGAUUGUAGUGUUCAUUGUGUCCCUGGCAGUCUACGGCAUCGCUCCGAUUGGAAUCAGCACGACUAUCGAAGCUGCCAAUGUCCGCAUGCCUAACUUGGCAAUGCAGACAGAAACCCAUGUGGAGAGAGACAACUUAUGGAUAGGUCCUCGGCAGGCUGACCUAAUUCACCUUGGUGCCAAAUACUCACCCUGCAUGCGUGUAGAUAUUAACCUGAACACAGCUAUUGGGUACGAUAAAAAGGAAGAGAGUGAUUCGGCUUGCUGUAUCAGGAACGACGGAUCUGGGUGUGUGCAGACUGUCAAAGCUGGAUGCAGCGAAGUAUUGUCCGACUGGCUGAAGUGGACACGGGAUAGCCCAGGACCCGGUGGAAGGACGAGUGGCUCAGUCUGUGGGCAGGAUCCCAGGUUCUGCAGCAACCCAUCAUCUACUCCACCUUUUGAGUGGCCACCGGAUAUCACAGACUGGCCUGUAUGCCUUGAUACAGCCAAACCGAACCAGUCAUUAGCCAGCCAGAAGGACAAACACAUGAACUGUGAGAUCUUGGGUCGACCAUGUUGUUUUGGCAUUCAAGGGGAAUGCAUCAUUACAACCAGGGAGCAUUGUGACCUCAAGAGAGGAUUCUUCCAUGAUGAGGCAUCUUUAUGUUCUCAGGUAAACUGUUUCCAAGAGAUCUGUGGAAUGAUCCCAUUUGCCAACCCCAAAAGUCCAGAUCAGUUUUAUAGAUUGUGGACCUCUCUGUUUCUGCAUGGAGGCUUGGUGCACUUGGUUAUCACAGUUGCCUUCCAAAUGUGGAUUAUGAGGGAUCUGGAGAAGUUAAUGGGGGCCAUUAGGACAACCAUUAUAUACAUUGGGUCUGGAGUGGCAGGAAAUCUGGCCAGCUGUACAUUUAUCCCAUACCAAGUGGAGGCUGGUCCAUCUGGAGCACAGUUUGGCAUUGCUGCAUGUCUGCUGGUGGAGGUGAUACAGAGCUACCAGAUGUACAAACACCCACAUUGGGCACUGCUGAAGCUCUGCCUACCCUUGUUGUGUUUCUUUAUCCUGGGUCUGCUUCCAUGGUUUGACAACUGGGCUCACAUCUUUGGAUUCUUUUUCGGCUUCCUCCUUGCCUUUGCCCUCAUGCCUUACAUCACGUUUGGACAUUUUGACAGACGACGCAAGAUCAUCACCAUCCUGGUGUGCCUUGGAGCUGCCAUUGGAUUGUUUACCUUGUUAGUCAUCAUAUUUUAUGUUGCCCCACUCACUGACUGUAACUGGUGCAUUUACUUAAACUGUAUUCCAUUUACGGCAGACUUUUGUGAGAACAUGGCUGUAGAGCUGAAAAAGAAUGCAACAUACUCAACGUAUAUUUAA